CAGCCGCCGCUUCCCCCGCCGCCGAGCAGAGGAAGAAGAGCAGCAGCAACCGCGGCAGAGGCAGCAGAAGCCGGGAGCAGCUCCUCCUCCUCCUCCCCUCUGCCCCCUCCCAGCCCCAGCCAAGGCAGCCCUGGGAGCAGGACCUUUGGGAUUAUUAGUCUUAGUCGGAUUCCUGCCCAGGAGCUGUGCUUGGUAAGGAGGCAGAGGAAGAGGGCUCCUGGGGGAAGAGGGCCCCUGGUCCUCCGGCUGCUGCUGCUGCCGCCGCCAUGGAUCACACCCUCUUCGGCUGCCUGCGCAGCCCCCACCAUGCCCCCGGGCAGGGCUUGCACCCCUUCUCCCAGUCGGCCUUGGCCUCUUUGCACGGAGGCCGCUCCACCGAGCCCCUCUCCUCCUCGGCUUUCCCGGAGCUCUCGCCCUCCUCCUCCUCGCCCUCGCCCUCCUCCUCCUGCAUCAUCGCCGGCUACCCCAGCAGCGAGGAGGGCAUGUUCCAGCACCACCACCAUCACCACCACCACCAUCAUCCCCGGGGCCACCACCACCACCACCAUCACCACCAGCAUCACCACCAGCAGCACCAGCACCAAGCCCUGCAGCAAACGAACUGGCACCUCCCGCAGAUGGCUUCUCCGCCGCCGCCGCCUCCUCCUCCGCCGCCGCCUCCCUCGGCCUCCAGGCACAGCCUCUGCCUCCAGCCGGACUCCGGGGGAGGAGGAGGAGGAGGGGGACCCCCGGAGCUGGGCCCCAGUCCCCCGGGACUCUGCUCCUCCAACGCCUCCGCUUUAGGGAGCAGCACCCCGACGGGAGCCAUGCCGGGAGACUAUGGCAGGCAGGCGCUCUCCCCCGGCGACACCGAGAAGAGGGCCGGCAAGAGGAAGAGCGACAGCUCCGAUUCUCAAGAGGGAAAUUAUAAAUCUGAAGUCAACAGUAAACCAAGGAAGGAAAGAACAGCUUUCACCAAAGAACAAAUAAGAGAGUUAGAAGCAGAGUUUGCCCACCACAACUACCUCACCAGGCUGCGGAGAUACGAAAUAGCAGUAAACCUGGAUCUCACUGAACGACAGGUAAAAGUUUGGUUCCAGAACAGACGGAUGAAAUGGAAGCGGGUAAAAGGAGGGCAGCAAGGUGCUGCUGCCAGAGAAAAGGAACUGGUGAAUGUGAAAAAGGGCACAUUGCUCCCCUCGGAGCUUUCCGGAAUUGGCGCAGCUGGCCUUCAGCACACGGGGGACUCAUUAGCAAAUGACGACAGCCAUGACAGUGACCACAGCUCUGAGCAUGCACACUUAUGAUAAAAUACGACGGAAUCACAACUCUGUUCUCAGGAAAGACAUGCUAAUGCAGCAAGCCUUACAUGGACAUUGUUGACAUAUGCAAGUGACUAUCAGGCAAUUAAACAUAUAUAUCUAUAUUCUUGGACUUUAUCGGUUCUGCUACUCUCAGAUUCUUUUUUUGAAAAACACAAAUUCUGUAAGUGUCACACCUUAAAUGUGCCUUGUGAGCAGGAGCAGAAGACAAGCUGCGUUUUGAACAUUCCAGAUUUCUCUGUCAUUUCAAUGACAACAGGCAGGUAUUUUUUGCUUUAGCUUGCACUGAAAGACGCUCUCAACAAAUUUAAUAUACUGAAAGGGGAAAUAGCACAGUGCCAACAGAAACACUGUGUAGUGGAUAUGAAAUGUAUUUUAACUCUGUAUAUAUCUACUUUACAGCCUUUUUACUUUUCACUCGUUUUUAGCAAUGCAUUCAUAUUAGCUAAUGGCAAUACUCACUCAUGAGAAUAAAUGGCAAUUUUUUUGUCUCUCUAAUUUUGUUUUGUGUCCCAGAGAUAUAUGAUAAAGCAGACCAUAGUGUUCAGAGUAUGAAUGAUCCAAAGAGAGUCUGCUAGGGAAAAACCUUAUACCACAGACAAAACAAAUCUUAUGUUGCAUUUACUAUCAACUGCUGCUAAUAGGAAAUUAUUAAAACUUGCUCCUCAAUUUUUCUUACCUUAUAACAACUUUUUAAAAAAUAGGAUCAUACCUGUCAGGAAAAUAAAAAGCCAACCAUCCAUUCAUAUUUAGAAUUUAUUAACAAGACCUAGAUGCAUAUGACUGUAGCUGCUAGUCACAAUCCAUUUACUUUAGAGUAUCUAUGCUCUUGAAGCCACUGGGCUGUGGGUAGCAGUUUGCAUUAUCAUUUGGAAGAUGUUUCUGCUUUCAACAAAUUAAUUUAAUAUUCAGGAAUUAAUGCCACAUUUUUAAAAUAUAAGGCUAUGUUUAUUGCCUCUGUUAGUGGUUAAAUUUAUUAAAGAUAGCUCUGUAUACACCAUGCAAAGGUCAAGACAUUUCUCCAUGUUUUUCCAAGCUUUUGUGUACAUACAGUGAGAUAAUAAAACCAAAAGUUACACAAAACAGUGAUUGUACUUUGUA